CCAUGCUGCUCGGACGGCUCAACCAGCUCUUCCACAGAUUCCUCAGUUAUUCCAGGCCGGGCUGCAGUGAUGCUAUCAUGCCCUGCUCCGAAGCAAACCCCGUUGCGGUCUCCCCUAGCAAGCGGGCCCGGCCUGCGCAGCACGAGGAGGAGACCCCCGUGCGCCUCCGCUUCGCCCGCCUCUCCGAGCAUGCCACUGCCCCCUCUAAGGGGUCGGCCCGGGCUGCUGGCUAUGACUUGUACAGUGCCUAUGAUUAUACAAUACCAGCAAUGGAGAAAGCCCUCGUGAAAACAGACAUUCAGAUUUCUCUUCCUCCUGGCUGUUAUGGCCGAGUUGCUCCACGUUCUGGCUUGGCUGCAAAACACUUCAUAGAUGUAGGAGCUGGUGUCAUAGAUGAAGAUUACAGAGGAAAUGUUGGUGUAGUACUAUUUAAUUUUGGCAAAGAAACCUUUGAAGUAAAAAAGGGUGACCGGAUUGCACAGCUGAUUUGUGAACGGGUUUUUUAUCCAGAACUUGAAGAAGUCCAAGGCUUAGAUGACACUGAACGUGGAUCAGGAGGUUUUGGUUCUACUGGUCAAAACUAAAAUUAUAUAAGAGUAGAUGCGGCAACUUCCUCCCUAAAAUAGUCAAUAAAAUUAAUUUCUGCUGUUGUUGUU